AUGCCACCAAAACCGUUAGACCAUGAGUCGAUAAAUGAAAAUGUGAAGAAGGCUCAGUAUGCUGUCAGAGGUGAAUUAUACCUUCGAGCUACCGAGCUUCAAAAGGAGGGCAAAAAGAUUAUAUUCACCAAUGUCGGAAAUCCACAUGCGUUGGGACAGAAACCACUGACCUUCCCUCGCCAGGUUGUUGCUUUGUGCCAGGCUCCGUUCUUGCUUGAUGAUCCUAACGUCGGACUGCUAUUCCCGGCUGACGCAAUUGCAAGAGCCAAACAGUAUCUCUCAUUCACAUCGGGUGGUUUAGGUGCUUAUAGUGAUUCUCGAGGCAUUCCAGGAGUGAAGAAGGAAGUGGCAGAGUUCAUACAGAGGCGUGAUGGUUAUCCUAGUGAUCCAGAUUUGAUAUUCCUUACUGAUGGUGCGAGCAAGGCUGUGAUGCAGAUGUUAAAUACGAUCAUCAGAGGCCAAGGAGAUGGGAUUAUGGUUCCAGUCCCACAAUACCCGCUCUACUCUGCAACAAUUGCUCUUCUUGGUGGCACUCUUGUUCCAUACUACCUCGAAGAGACAGCAAAUUGGGGUCUUGAUACUACUGAACUUCGAAAAUCAGUUUCAGAGGCUCGCUAUAAAGGAUUAAACGUUAAAGCAAUGGUGAUCAUAAAUCCUGGAAACCCUACCGGUCAAUGCCUCAGUCAAGAGAAUUUACGAGAGGUUUUGCAAUUUUGUUAUGAAGAAAACUUAGUCUUGCUUGGAGACGAGGUUUACCAGACGAAUAUAUAUCAGGAUGAACGGCCCUUCAUUAGUGCGAAAAAAGUUUUGAUGGAUAUGGGGCCACCUUUAAGCAAGGAAGUCCAGCUUGUUUCAUUUCACUCGGUGUCAAAAGGGUAUUUUGGUGAAUGCGGACAGCGAGGUGGAUAUUUUGAAAUGACCAACAUUCCUCCUGAGACAGUUGAUGAGAUCUAUAAAGUUGCAUCAAUAUCACUUAGUCCAAAUGUUCCUGCACAAAUAUUUAUGGGACUAAUGAUCAAUCCACCCAAACCUGGAGAUAUUUCUUAUGACCAAUUUGCUAGGGAGAGCAAAGGAAUACUUGAAUCACUAAGAAGAAGAGCAAGGAUAAUGACUGAUGGAUUCAACAGUUGCAGGAAUGUUGUUUGUAAUUUCACAGAAGGUGCCAUGUACUCAUUCCCUCAAAUUCGAUUGCCACCAAAAGCUUUGGAGAUUGCUCAACAGGCUGGAAAAGCUGCAGAUGUUUACUACUGUCUCAAGCUUUUGGAAGCCACCGGCAUAUCCACUGUUCCUGGUUCAGGAUUUGGACAGAAAGAAGGGGUGUUCCAUUUGAGGACAACUAUAUUACCAGCUGAGGAAGAAAUGCCUGCAAUUAUGGAUAGUUUCAAAAAGUUCAAUGAUGAUUUCAUGGACCAAUAUGAUGACCAUAGAGGUUAUUCAAGGUUGUAA